CACCUACCUCACGUUCCUACACGCCCCCAGAGCACCUCACCCUGCCGUACAUAUCACAGCCCGCCGUGGUAUGCAAACGUCGCCGUCGCUGGAAGAACGCACACUGGCACACGUGUAGGUAUAGGUAUACGCGGCUUGUAGCCCUCUGGUGUCGUAUGUCCGAGAUAAUCAUACCGCAGGGCGGGAAGCGCACCAUGGCCAGCGGGGUCAAGAGGGACCACCGGGGCCAGGAGAAGACGGCAGACAGCCGGCCUCCCAAGGAAGCGCCUCGCAACGCCUACACCCCUAUGUUCGAGCAUUUCCGCAGCGAGCUCGACGAGCACCACGACCGCCGCAUGAAAAUCGGCAAGGUCUCGAGAGACGUGACCGCCCUCAGCAAGAAAAUCAUCUUCUCGCUUCAACGCGUCCGCAAUCUGAACCAGCCGCUCCCGGCGCAGACCCGAGCCGACGUCGAGGAUCGCAUCAAGGAGAUAGCCGGGCUCCUGGCUACCAUCGAGGCAGACGUAGCAGGCAUGAACCGCUACCGGUACCCGCUCAUCUGCCUGGAGGAGUUCGUCGAGGCCGUCUCCUUUUCGCACUACCUGCAGCAUCAGAAGCUGGUCACGCCCGCCCAGGCACAGGCGGCCCUGCCGGCCGACAUCGUCCUGACACCGCCGGACUACGUGUUCGGCGUGUUCGACCUCACCGGCGAGAUGAUGCGUUUCGCGACUGCCGUCACCGCGCUGACGGGGAGCAUGCCGGGGUCGCGUCCGCACGGCGAGGAGGCAGGCUACGGCCGGACAAUCCUAAAAGACAUCCAGGACGUGGACUCCAUGCUGCAGAUCUCUCCGCAGGUAGGAGGGAAGUCGGCAGUCUACUCCAAGAAGUUAGAUAUCAUGACCGAGCAGGUGCGCAAGGUCGAGAGGCUGGGAUAUAGCAUGAAAAUUCGAGGCGGCGAGCGGCCGAAAGGCUGGGUGCCGGAUAUCGAAGACCCUGGUCGCCGCGGCGGCGGCGGCGGCCGAGGAGGAGGAGAAGACCAAGAAGAUGCCGCUAUGGAUUAAGAGCCACAGCCUGUGGUGCGUGAGAUCAUAAGGCUCGCCUCUGUCGAGCUGCCUACCUAUCAUGUAGGGAUCCUCUCUACAUAGUUACCUACAAUAAACCUUUAGCCCAAGAA